ACAUGUCGGCUUCCGUAGGCGCGGUGGCACCGGCUUUCAGCCGUUCUGUCGUCUCUUCUUUCACCUCCAUGGCUCUGUCCGCCGAGGCCCCCCCGUUCCACCCCAGAGGUGUGGAUGCCCCACAGCCAGACUCUCUGUCGGAGGCAGAGAAACAGUUUUCUCGCUGCGCCGCUAAACUCCGAUCCUUACGGGAAGACAGCGGGCAGCUGAGAGAGGAGCUCAACCAGCUGUUUGACCAGCUGCUUUCAGAGAAUUAUAACAGGAGCUGUGAGCUCCCCAUCACCAUCAGACCAGAGGAUGUUUGCAUCCUACUGAAGCACGCCAGCGGUCUAGUCCCUCUAAACCAAGAACAUUUAGUUGUCAAGUUCUGCCAACUAGUCCAUCACCUCCUGAACCAGCUGAAGGUAAUAAUGGAUGAACAGACGCUGGACGUUCUGGUAAACUACACCGCCAAUGCCAUGAAGCAAUGCAGUACCUGGACCCACUCUGAUGUCCUGCUGGCACUUUCCACAGUAGUGUAUGGGAAUGGAUCUCAGUGCCAUCAGCUCAUCAGUGACUUGCUUUGUGAUGAUGGCGUCAUUAUGCAGUACAGUUCUCCGUCUCAGCCCAAUAUUGAGUUGCGUCAUGUUGCCCUGACCUGCAUGGCCAACAUCUGCCUCAGGAUUCCUGGUCAGCCACCUUUGGACGAUCAGUACAGAGGUGUUUGUUUCCAACUUUUCCUUAAGACACUUCAUUCGCCCAAACCUCCCAACACUGAUGAUCUCUUCUACUGCAUGGUUGUCCAGGCAGCUCUGAAGGGACUCCAGUUCUGCCUGUCGGGUGGGAAGUGGAAAUUUGGAGCAGGAGAGGAGCUUGGAUCUGUACUGGCUGCACUGAAGCGACUCAUGUUCCAGGGAGCUCCUGGUUUGAGUGUUGAAUGGCCGGCUGUGCUCUACCCGGCGCCUCUUUCGCAGUAUGAAGCUCUCUCUCCACCAAAGCCUGCAGAACCACUAAAAACUUCAGAUACAUCGGUGGAGACUGGAAAAGCUUCAGGAAAAAAAAAGAGGAAAUCUAAAGGAAAAGGAAAGAAGACCCAAACCGAGGAGAGUAGAGCGGAGGAUGGAGAGGAGGAAGAGAAAGAAGAGGUGUCUGAACUUCCCAGAGGGAGACGAAACGGCGGCAGAGAUGAUGGGGAGGCUUUACCCAAACCAAGAGUUUACCAGUGCCGUGUUCGUCAGUUAGCGCUGCACUGUAUGCUAGCAGUGGUGAAAUCUGUUGAGAAGAGGAGCCUGUAUGGAUACUGGUCCUCCUUCAUCCCCGACUCUCCUGCUGGUGGACCUCCAUCUCUAACUCUCCUCACUAUUAUACUAAAGGAUUCCUCACCAAAGGUACGAUUGUGCGCCCUUCAGGUGCUGUCCGCCAUAUUGGAUGGGUCCCGGCAUUUCCUGGCUGCGGCUGAAGAUACGGCGUCACCACGUACCUCAUACACCCCUUUCUCCUUCCUGCUGGCGGCUGCCAUCAGAGAGCUGCACCGCGGCCUCAGCCUGGCUCUGCUGGCUGAGACGUCCUCCCAAACACUCACACAGGUCAUAAAGUGCCUGGCGUUCCUGGUAGCCAACGCUCCCUAUCAUCGCCUCAGACCUGGUCUGCUGAGCCUGCUCUGGAAGCAGAUCCGUCCUUAUGUGCGCCACAGAGAUGUGACGGUGCGUGGGGCUGUGUUGAGACUGUACGGUGCCAUAGUAACGGCUCAGGCCCCCCUCCCUGAAGUACAGCUUCUCCUCCAGCAACCAGAAAGUCUCAGCAGCGGCAGUUCCUCCGGUAUUGUCACUCCACAGGAACCUGCUCUGAGCUGGAGAAACAGGAACGGAGCUUCCUCUCCUGCUCGUACGCCGGCAGCAUCCUCUCGCACUCACUCCCCCCACCCUCAAACACCAAAGGAGGAGGAGAACUCGUCACCAUGGCUGCUGAAGCUGUGCGUAUCUCUGGUGACUCACCCCAGAGAGGAGCAAUCAGACAGUGAGGGAGCUGGAGGGGGCCCUGCUUUAGAGCCCUCUCAGGUCCGUCUAGAAGCUCUACAGGUCUUGUCCCACCUGGUACGAGGUUAUUUCCCUCUUGCUCAGUCAAGUCUGAAUGAGAUUGGGCAGCUGAGCACUCGGUGCCUCGGGGAGAUGGACCCCUCCAUCCAGCUACAUAGUGCAAAGCUGCUAGAGGAGUUUGGUGCAGGAAUAAUCCAGCAGUACAGAGCUGAGAAUAACGUUCCUGAAAGCUCCAGGAUUCCUGUAAAUCAAGUGGUGGCGUUCUGGUCGGAUGUGCUGAGCGGGCCACUGAACGCGGCGCUGCAAAACGAACAACAUCCCACGCUACAGGCGAGCGCCUGCGACACGCUCGCCUCCAUCCUGCCACAGGCCUUUGCUCAGCUUCCUGAUAAAACUCAGCUGAUGUGCAUCACUGUGCUGCUGGGCCUGACUUACGUUGAGAACUAUCUGGUGAAGACGGCAGCUGUCAGGGCUUUGGGAGUUUACAUCCUGUUCCCUUGUUUAAGAGAGGAUGUGAUGUUUGUGGCAGAUACUGCGAACAUCAUCCUGGCUGCCCUCGAUGACCGAUUUACAAACGUCCGUGCAAAGGCUGCCUGGUCUUUGGGAAACCUCACAGACACCCUUAUCAUCAACAUGGAGAAUUUAGGUGGAGAUUUCCAGGAAGAACUGUCCGACAUGCUUCUGCUGAAGAUGCUGCAGGCAGCAAAUCGAGCAGCUGCAGACAGAGACAAGGUGAAGUGCAAUGCAGUGCGAGCACUUGGAAACCUGCUUCACUUCCUGCGUCAGGGUCAGAUGACUCGGUCUGUUUUCCAGCGUCCUUUGGAAGAUGCAGUUCGAGCUUUGGUGAAAACCGUCCAAUCAGAAGCUACGAUGAAAGUCAGGUGGAACGCCUGUUAUGCACUGGGAAAUGCGUUCAGAAAUUCCGCCCUGCCGCUCGAGACAGCGCCGUGGUCUGAGGAUGCCUUCUCUGCCCUCUGCCACGUGGUCACCUCCUGCAAAAACUUCAAAGUCCGCAUCAAAUCAGCUGCUGCUCUCGCAGUCCCAGCGCAGCGGAGCUGCUAUGGGGACACGAAGCGCUUCAGCUGCGUCUGGCGCUCUCUGGCCACGGCCCUCGAAAACAGCGAAGAUGCCGUCAACUUCCUGGAGUACCGCUACAGCGCCUGCCUCCGACACACGCUGUCAGGGGCCCUGCUGCAUCUGCUCAGUCUCAGCGAGCUGCAGGACAUGCCUGGACUCAGCGCGGCGUUGGCUGGGGAGGAGGGCAGGGGUGUUAGAGAGCAUUUAAUCAAGUAUCUUACAGUGGAGGAAGAAGAAGGAAAAACAGAUGAAGCUGGAGAAGAGAGGAACUCUGGGGAGGAAAAUAACGGCCCUCAGCAGAGAAGGGUUCAACUCCAGCAGACGGUCGUCAGGCUGAAGAGCCUGAAGGCAGAAGAGGAGGGAGGGGCGGAGGAGAAGGAGGCCGUGGUUCGUUUCCUGGAGGAUCUGUUAAGGAUAUGUGAGGAAAUUUAGAAAUGUGCUUUUAUAAUCUGAUUUCACUGCAAGUCAGACAAACUGGAUUAAAAAGGAAAGGAAGAGCAGAUCAGUCAUGAACCACAUGUUAUAAUACUGACGUCCAUCUGGUUGGUCCACACUACAUUGACUUUGACUAAGAGGAUCAUGUCUGUAGCUUUUAGAACAUGUUAACGUUAACGAUGCACACAGAUUUCUCAGGACUCGCCAUCGCUGUGCCUCAGGCUGUCCAACCCUGUGCAGCAUUUUGACAGGAAUCUCAGAAAUCAGACAGGAGGUGAGACAGAGUGGCAAAAUAAACGAUCUGCCUUGGGAAAAUACAGAUUAAAAUGUUCAUAUCAUAAAGUAGAAACUGUCAGCUUCUGAUCAUAGAAAUAAAGCGGUUCAUUAAUCUGGCUUUAAUUGCUUGAUGCCAGUUUUUAAAGUUGAUGAACUCUAAAGUUACAAGCUAUGUAUUAAAGAAGGGUCCCUAAAACUAACUGUUUGUUUAGAAGACUACUGGACAAACCAUUCAGUUCCUUGGGAGGAAACACGGCUUUUCUUCAAUACAGUAACCUACCAUUUCAGUUCUGUUUAUUUAUAUUGCGCCAAUUCA